UUGAAUUUGAGUCGGUGUUCUGCAGUUUUAUCUUAUGGACUCUUAGGGCCGCUGUUGACCAGAGUGUGGUUGAAUGAGAGCAGGGUUGUAGCAGCACCUCCCAUGUAACAUCGACACAGUACAGAGAGAACACGACGAGCAUAGAGCGGACAAAUGUGGUUGUGUCACAUUAUUAUAAGAAGAAAAGAGGAACAACUUCGGUGUGCAAUACAUUUGCUAACAAUGAGUGGAUUAUGAAGCGUUUCAUUUGAGAUUUGACAUUGGAAUCUGAGGAGGAAUCUGUUGUUGUUUCGACUCUACUCAGACUGUGGAAAAUCGGAAAGAACAAUGAAUCGGCAAGUGCUGUUGUUUAUUUCUCUCCUUUACCGUUACUCGGUGUUCGGGCAGGUCAGCUACUCUAUUCCGGAGGAAAUGUCGAAAGGCUCAUUAGUGGGCAAUAUUGCGCAUGAUUUGGGUUUAGAAAUAAAACGUUUAGUGUCCGGAAAAGCUAGGAUAUAUACGAGGAACAGCGACGAGUAUGUCGAGCUGAAUAGAGAAAAGGGAGUCCUCCUCGUCAGAGAGAGAAUCGACAGAGAGGCGCUGUGCACAGAGACGGCACUUUGCGCGUUGCAUCUUCAGAUCAUUUUGGAGAAUCCGAUGGAAUUUUACACUGUUACAGUCCAGAUUACAGAUAUUAAUGAUAACGUGCCAACCUUUGAAAAAAGUGAGAUGAAAUUCAAAAUUAGCGAGUCGGCAAUCACCGGAGCAAAAUUUGUGCUGGAAAGGGCUGUGGAUCGUGAUGUUGGAAUUAAUGAUCUGAAAAAUUAUGAAUUGAAACCAUCGGAUCAUUUUGUUUUAAAACUCCACAAUAACGCAGAUGGGAAUAGAAACGUUGAGAUGGUGCUACAGCAGCCGCUAGACAGAGAGAAACAGGAGCAGAUAUCUCUCGUGUUAACGGCUGUAGAUGGAGGAGAGCCGCAGAUGUCAGGAACAAUGCUGAUUGUUAUUACAGUUUUAGACGUCAAUGAUAAUGCUCCAGUUUUUACGCAGCCAACAUACAAGGCUACAGUUCAUGAGAACUCACCUAAAGGAACAAUUGUUGACAUUGUUUCAGCCUCAGAUGCAGAUCAGGGUUCUAAUGGCAAAAUAACAUAUUCAAUCACAAAUACGUUAGAUAAUGUAAGGAAAGUGUUUGAGGUAAAUGAAGAAAACGGCGAAGUUUCAUUGAUUGGUGACAUUGACUUCGAAAAGUCAAGACACUUUCAAAUAAAUGUACUUGCUAGUGACGAAGGAGGACUCACAGAUUCGUGUAAAUUAAUUGUUGAUGUGCAGGACAUUAAUGACAACAAGCCUGAAAUUAAUAUAAUGUCAAAGUCAACUGUUAUAUCAGAGGAUGCCAAGCUCAAUACUGUGGUUAUGAUGAUAAAUAUCGAAGACCUAGAUUCAGCAGAAAACGGCCACGUUAAAUGUUUCAUCUUCGAAAAUGUACCAUUCAUUUUAAAAACAUCAACGAAUAACUUCUAUAGUUUAGUGACAGACAGUGACUUAGACAGAGAGACAUCCUCACAGUAUAAUAUAACGGUGACCUGCUCUGAUGAAGGAGUCCCCUCCCUCUCCAGCAGCGUCACUCUCAGCUUACAGAUCUCGGAUGUGAAUGAUAACGCGCCUGUCUUUGAGAGGAGCUCAUAUGAGGCCUACAUUGUAGAAAACAACACACCAGGUCUCUCUAUAUUCACAGUGAAAGCCAGAGACGCUGACUGGAACCAGAACGCCCGUGUUUCUUACAUACUGGAGGACUCCUCUGUUAACGGAGUGCCAGUCUCCUCAUAUGUGUCCGUUAGUACUGAUGGUGGAGUCAUCCAUGCAGUGCGCUCUUUUGACUACGAGCAGAUCAAAGAUUUCCACUUCCGCAUCAAAGCGCAGGAUGGAGGCUCCCCUCCACUCAGUAGCAACGUGACUGUGAAAGUACUGAUCCAGGAUCAGAACGACAACCCUCCUCAGGUACUGUACCCAGUCCAGACUGGUGGCUCUCUGGUGGCUGAAAUGGUGCCUCGUUCAGUCGAUGUGGGCUAUCUGGUCACUAAAGUGGUGGCUGUGGAUGUGGACUCUGGACAGAAUGCCUGGCUCUCCUAUAAACUGCAGAAAGCCACAGACAGGGCGCUGUUUGAAGUGGGCUUACAGAAUGGAGAAAUAAGAACUAUCCGCCAAGUCACUGAUAAAGAUGCUGUGAAACAAAGACUGAAUGUUAUAGUGGAGGACAACGGGCAGCCCUCUCGUUCAGCUACAGUCAUUGUUAACGUGGCGGUGGCGGACAGCUUCCCUGAAGUGCUGUCUGAGUUCACUGACUUUACACAAGACAAGGAGUACAACGACAACCUGACUUUCUACUUAGUGCUGGCUUUGGCUGUAGUUUCCUUCCUCUUCAUCACCUGUCUAGUGGUUAUUAUAUCAGUGAAGAUCUACAGGUGGAGACAGUCUCGCGUCAUGUAUCACUCCAACCUCCCUGUGAUUCCGUAUUAUCCACCACGUUACUCGGACACUUUGGGGACAGGGACUCUCCAACACGUGUACAACUACGAGGUGUGCAGGACGACCGACUCCAGAAAGAGUGACUGUAAGUUCGGCGGAGCCGGUAGUCAGAACGUGCUGAUAAUGGACCCCAGUUCUACAGGCACGAUGCAGCGGAUACAGAGUGAGAAGAGCAUCCUGGAUGAACCAGACUCUCCUCUUGAGGUUAGUUUAAUAUCGCAGCUUUGUUUCCGUGCCUUCAUUUGUCUUCCAGUGUAAUUGAAGAAAUAUUUAACUGUUGCACACUAGUUCUGCAUUUCCAGGACCAUGGACAGCACUCCGUUACCAACAAUCUCAAUUAUUUGGAGGUUUUAUGUUAUUCUUCAGGCAUGUUACUUGGACAUAGUUGCAUAUUAAAACGACCUGAUAUCUCCCUUUAAAGGUUAAACUGCUUUCACCUUGCUAUUUAAUGCAAUACCCUUCAUAGGUUUCAACCGCAAACUAUGGGGAAUGGCAAUUUUAACGUGUGUAUCAAUGCGUCUAUCCACUUCAUUGCUCUAUUGUACAAGAUUUCGAUAGAACAUAUUUUAUUGGCUCUUUUUCAAUUUGCUAUUAUGUUUGUUUCACUUAUCUGGCUGUAUAGUUAUUUUUUCUGAAGGUAUUUGAUUGAA